AUGGAUCAAUUCACGAAUGAAACCCAACAAGAACUCGUCGAGGCUCGAGGAAAAAUCCGCGAACUCCAGACGGAAAUCGCAAGAGAGCGGAACGAAACGAAGGACAAAGACGUCGAGAUGAGUCGAUUGACAGCAAAAAUGGCUCAAAUCGCGGCGAAUUUAAUGGGGAAAAACGCAAAGUUGGACGCUGAUUUGGUUGACCAAAGGGAGAGAAAUCGAGAAUUGGAAAGGAAAGUCGCCGAGAGGGAAAGGAAGAACGACGAUCUCGAAACCCAAUUAAGAACUCAAAAUACGGAAUUGAGAGACGGAAAAGCCAAGAUUGGAGAGCUCGAAGGGAAAAUCACCGCGUUGCAGAGCAAGAACUCUGACCUCGAAACCCAAUUAAAUCGAACGAUGACUUGGGUCAAGGAUCCGGCUGGAUGGAAAUAUUUUGCAAAAACCGCUUCUUGGUACAAGGUUCCCAAUCAAGAAAUGACAUUCGAUGAAGCCGUGGCAGAAUGUGCGAGUCGAAAGAGCCAUUUGGUCUCAAUUCACAGUCAGGAAGAGCAAGAUUUUGUUUGGAGACUCGCAGAAACUGAUGAUUGGUCGUUCUGGAUCGGACUGAAGCAGGAAAACGCUGGGAACUGGGGCACGUGUACUCAAUACUUUCAAGCAGUUUGUGCAAGGAAAGAUGUGGCCUGGUCAGCUGAUGGGGAAACGCUCUGCUCGUAUUAUGGCUUCCGUUUCGAAUGUAUGGAUCGAUAUCGAAAGGUGACUGUAUUC